CUCUUCGCGAUGGCCCUCCACUUCUUCUCCUACCCUCUUCCUCACCAGAUACCUUCAUGUUUCAAUUGAAUUUCUCGAUUUCAUCCAAAUUCCUUUGAAUUCGUUUCAGACGCGGUGCCUCACCACAACAACAACCACCUCUCAUCCUUCAAAUCCUUCUUCAUCCCCUCCUCCUUCGCCCAAAACUGUCGAUAAUAUCUGAAAAAACAUAAUCCUAACUUACUCUCACAGAGACCCACCUCACCAUAAUCACCACCCGUUCGAGGAAGAGACUGAUCUAAUGGGUACUUUGGCUUGCAAAAUAUUCUCCAAGACUAUUGUGUUUGUGCAUUCCAGGAUAAUGAGCCGGACAUCAUUGAUGGUGUGGGUGCUAAAACGGGACAUGUGAUUAGAACCAACAUCGGUGGCCAAAAUGGUCAAUCUAGGCAGGUAAAAUAAUUCUGGGUCAAUUGGUAUUGGAAAAACCUUGAUAAUGUGAAUGAGAAACAUUCUAUCACGAACAAUUUCUCCUUUGGUUACUGGUCAUUGAUCAUUCUGUAACAGAAUAUUAGCUAUAUUGCAAAAAAAUAAGGCAUGUGUUUUUGAGAUCUCGGGAAGAAGGGAAUUUAAGAAGAAAGGUGUCUAUGCCUUUAGAGAUGAGGCAAGCAAACUUCUUCCAUAUAUUAUAUAUAUAACUAAUCUGUUUCAUUCAAUUGAAUUUAAUAUAACUCAAUUUAUUGGUGUGUGUUGUUCAUGUUAGGAUUAUAAUUUUUAUGUAGAUUUUGUUAUGUCACCAUUUAUUGUUCAAGAGUCAAGAAGGGAACCAUGUAUACCCAAGACUUGAGGCUUUGGAUGCUACAAGAGGGCUUUGACCACUUGAGCUACAAAUUUCUGGUAUCACUCUUUUCUACUUAGCUUCCAUUCUUUUGUGUGUGUCUUGUGUUCUUUUUUAAUUUGAUGUUCUGAUAAAUAUAACUCAUAGAUUUUAUGGAGUUACAAAAGUAGCGUAUUUGAAAUUGAAGGAUCUUUGGAACCUGCCCAGUGGCACUAAAGUGGUGUUGCCACUUAAUGAUUGAAAAGAGGCAUUAGUAGAAAUAUAACUCAUGAUCAAUUACAAAUAUAACUCAGAUGCUGCAAGGAAAUCUCAUGACCAAUUAUAUAUUGCCACGGAUAUUUCUUUAAAGAUUCAUGCAGGAAUAAGUGAUCAUGAAAAGAUGAGAAUAUGUUCCACAUUAAAGCAUGAAAAGUUGUCAGCUGAAGCUGUGAGACAUUUUAGUAGAAAUCUGGCAUUUCCUUCAGAAACAAAACCAAGAUUGAAUAUAAAUAGACAAAACCGAAUGAAAAGCCUACUACAGAAAAAUGAUCACUUGAAAAGCUUCUUUGACUCCAUGUUUCUCAAAACCUUCAAGAACAUUAUCAUUGAUGUGAAAGAAGAUGCUAAAAAGGAAACAAUGUUAUAUGAUGGUGACGAAGGAAUACAUAGUAGUGGGACCCAAUUGGCAAGUCUAAAGAAGAUAGAAAAUCAUACUUUGAGUUUAAGCAAUGCUGCUGUUUAUUACUUGCUAAAACUGUGCAUAAGAUUAGCUUAAUUUUUUAUUUGACACUCAAGUAUAUACUUUCAAUUCAUGUAUAAUAUAUUUGAUAUACGAUAUUAUUUAUUAA